ACAGGCUGGGAAGUGAGUGCACUGGGAUACGGACGAGGCGGAAGUCGUGUGUACAAUGACGAUUGGAGUGGCGAAAUCCAGCGUGCUUGUCGUUUCGGAACCAAUCUGGUCCAAGCAUGCCAUUCCCGAUCCAUUUCACACAUAGAUCACCAUCGGCGAGGAAUACCUCGACGAGAACCACAGCGGGUACGCCGUCCCGCUCUCUCAUCCCUAGAAACCCCUCAGGCUACAUCCACCCUCACGGUAUGCUUCACGGCCUUCUAACCGCGGAUUCGCUUCCGCGCAGCGCCUUCGUUCUGAGCUCCAAAAUCUACUCCCACCAGCGCAGCGGCCAGGCCUACAGCCCUCAACAGCUGCGCCAGUGCGUGGACCUGUCUCUCAGCCAGCUCGGCGUGGACGCGCUGGACUUUCUGACGCUGGAGAUUCCUCCCUUCAUCACCGACUCCCAGCUCGCCAUGGCGCUCUACCACAUCCGAGUUUCCACUUUUUCCACUUUUCACACAGACCGAAAUCGACGCGUCCCGCGUCCGCUUCUUCGCCAUCGGCGGCACGUUCCCCUUCACCGCCGACGGCUCGCGUCCCGCCAGGCCUCCCCGCGGGGAUCCCGUCGACGUCUCCGCCUUCUCCUACUCCUGGAUCAAGCUCCUCCAGGCACCCUCCGUUCCCCGCGGUGA